ACACAAUACUUACAGAAUUACCUCUGUUCCUUUCCUCGUUUUUCAAUAUGUUUAGAGGUUAACUGGUCGUCAUUAAAUUUAGCUGAUGACAGAAAAGAAGUGAGCUGGCCUGUUGUACUUGAUAUGAAAGAGUUCAUUGUAAAUCACUAUGAUGGAAAAGGUUUGAUUCGUGAGCGUGGCGAUUGGAAGCGACGAUUGAAAGCAGUAACCACAAACAUGGGAUUCAAAACUGUCAGAUUCAAUGAAAAUGCGUGGCAAGCUAUCCACGAAGCGUUGAUAAUCCUACAAAUCUUCCACAGAAUCUAGUAAUUGUCGUGUUUAUAUAGAUCAUGUAUCACAUUUUUUAUUUAUUCAUCAUCUACUAAUAUAAGACGUCAGAUAUCUGUAGUCGUCAUCCCUCGUAUAUAUUCGGGUCGUGCCCUCAUUUAAUCGCUUUUUUUUUCCGAAUAAAACAGCAAAUGCUGUCAAUUGAC